AUGCCGUCGUGGUGGCCUGAAACACGGCUGGAAUGGGUCUUUGCCGCAGCUGCAGCGACUCAAGGAGUGGUCAAUACUAUCAUUCAGAUAGUCAUUCUGGUCGUCUAUCUACAAUGGGUCAAUAAACCAAUAUACGAGGUCCCAUUAGCCUACGUUAUAUCCUUGACUCUCUCCAUCAACACCCUUGGCUGUCUCUAUCAAUUGAUCUUAACACUAGACGCAUACCGCAUUAAAAACCACAUUCAGAUCUUUAUGCUAUGUGUCGCUAACGUGUGUCUUUCAAUUGCAACCAUAUUGCAAUAUGGAGAGGUACACAAUGCGUCGGCGAGAGCCGCCGUUGGUGUCAACGGAAAGAACCUUCCUUUUGUGAAAAGAGACUGGGAAUUCUGGAGGCGUGUAUCGCCCGGUUUGAUUGUCUGCGCCGUUAUUAGCUCUACCUGCAGCACUGUCAUGUGCGCUGUCGCCAUGAAACUUUAUCGUGAAUUUUCGUGGGCUUUGUAUCAAGACAUCUAUCUAGGUUUCCUCAAGUACACACCCUACUUUGUCUUUGCCUUCAUAUUGAUCUACGGCUUGAUAAAUGUGCACUAUAUUGAGCCAGAAUUCUCUUUGACCAUGGCUAUCAUCCCUGCCACGCUUUUACACUUGGCUCUGGCCGUGUACUUUGUUCGACAUGAAACCCGCAUCGGCAUGAUCAUGGUCUUGCUCUUCCAUGCUGCUAAUAUCACCUACGUCAUCAGCCGAUUGCUGGUCUUGUAUGGUCAUGGGCCACUAUCCAGGACGAUGAUGAAAGAUGAGAUGGUUUUCUAUAUUUGCAUAGGUGGCGCACUCUCUUUGUUCUCGUUAGUCGCUGGCAGUGUUUGCAUGUUCAACUUCAAGAAAGGGUUGAAGCCUAUUUUACUUGGGCAAAUAAAACGCCGGCCUCAAGCGCAUGAGCUUGAGGAUGACUACUACAUCCAACGGCUCAACUACAACAUUGUGCCGACGCCAGAUCGGGAUUCACAACGAUUCUUGGUAGAUUGA